UCUGUUUUUUUGUUUUCUGUUGUCAGCUGCAGUGAGACAGUGCAUCUCGGCUACAGUUCUGUUUACAGUCUCUUCUCCCUCUUGACUUGUUGCUGUAGCGCUGGACACAGUCUACUGAGGAACUUGGGAGCAUGAGUUUUCUGGGCAGAUUUAAGAAACCGCUCGGUGUCCCACCAGCCCCGCCCAGAAGAGCAGAUGCCAGCAGCGAUAAGGGGUGGCCUGCGGAUGAGUUUAAUGACGAAGACGGCGAUACUUAUGAAGCCCCCCCCUGCGAGCGCAUGAAACUACCGCCCCCCCGGCAACAGGAGGACGAGGAUGUCUACCUGGGGAGGACGUCGUCAAACUCUAGUAACACACCCCGACAGAUCCCUCCCCCCAGACCUGUCAAGAUCUCGAGGUCGGUGCCAGAGACUGAAGAGCAGUUUUUCAACCCCAGCGCCAAGAAACCUCCGCAGAUCAAUCGGGAAGCGAAGCCUGGGAGUGGUAUGAAAGCCCCUCCCCCAGAGAGAGACCCCGCCCCCGACCGAGUGCCGCCCCGCAGACCCGCCCCCGCAGUCCAGCCCGAGGAAGACGUCUAUCUGGAUCCCAACGAAGGGCAGGGGGAUGGUGAUGAGGAGCUGUAUCUUGAACCCAACACAGCCUGCCCCCCCAGCCCACAGAACGCAGCCAAACUGGGGGUCCCCCCCCCCUCACCGGGACCCUGCAACUAUAGGAGCCCCCCUCCAAAGCCUCCAUUGCCUCGGUCGAAAUCAGGCUGUGACUGGUUUGCUGGUUCCUGUGAUCGCAAGAUGGCUGAGUCUCUGCUCUACAGGAUAAACAAGGACGGCUCGUUCCUGGUGCGUCUCAGCUCGGCUCAAGGUUCGAAGCAGCCCUACACUCUGGUGGUUCUGUACAAACACAAAGUCUACAACAUCCCCGUGCGCUACCUGGAGAGCAGCCAGCAGUACGCACUGGGGAAGGAAGGCAAGAAAUCAGAGGAGCUUUUCUCCAGUCUCUGUGACAUCAUCGAUCACCACAGGAAGAACCCUCUCCUGCUGAUUGACAGCAAGAGCAACGCCAAGUACAGCAGCUUCCUGACUCACCCUGCACGGCCCUGAGCGGGACGAGAACACAGAGCUAGAGAC